UAGCUGAUGUCUCCAGUAUCCGCUCAUCGAACCAUAAAUAUUAACUUCCUUUCUCCGCACAGAUACCGUUUGACAUGUUGGGCUUGUCCAGUAACUUCUGGUUUUGCGUCUACAACACUUCCUUCCCGUUUUGAAAAACUGAGGUGAAAGUUUAUGGAAUCAGGUUUUGUUUUACCAUGGUAUCUCUCAGCAUGACUCAGUGCAGGACAAAUUGUAUCGAGAAACUUCUCCGCCGGGCUUUUCGUAAACUUGGAAUCCUCGUGAGUAAAUAUUCCUGGUGCUUCCUCACGAUUCCUCUGAUACUUUCUGCUGCUCUGGGUUCGGGUUUUUCUUCUUUACGGAGACAUGAAAGCAAUGACAUAGAGGAGCAAUUUACACCCAUAUACGGACCAGCAAAAUCUGAGAGAGAGUUCAUUACAAAACAUUUUCCAACCACUGAUUCUGAAUUCUUCUCCAGUCAGAGACUUUACACAGAGGGGGUGUUUGCUUCUUUCAUUGCUGUAUCGAAAGAUGACAAUAUCUUGACAGCUGCUGCAUUUCAAGAGAUUCUGUCACUUGAUGCUGAUGUAAAGCAGCUCAGCAUCAACAAUAGUCAAGGUGUCAUGUACACCUAUUCUUCUCUUUGUACACGGAUGGCAAACUCGUGCUUCGGAAAUGAAAUUUUAAAUAUUAUAAAUCGCAGCCUAGCAACCAACACGAGGAUUUCUUACCCUACGAUGAAUAAGACUUUUAUUGGUUUGGCUGUUGGAGGUGUUGACCAAGAUCAAAAUUAUAUUAAUAAAGCAAAGGCUAUUAGACUGGUUUAUUAUCUACAAGAAGAUAAUGAUGACAUGAAAACCCUCAGUUUGCUGUGGCUGAAGAAUUUCCUUCAGGUUUUUCCGAACAAACUGAAAGAUCAGGAGAGUAUUAUGGUUUCCUAUUUCACAUCAAUGUCAAGACAAGAAGAAUUUGAAGGGACUUCUAAGAAAAUUAUUCCUUUGUUCUCUGUCACGUAUUUCCUUUCAAUAUUCUUUUCUAUUCUAUCAUGUAUGAGGUUGGACUGUGUGAGGAAUAAGUUCUGGAUCGCUGCUUUGGGAGUUAUAUCGGCUGGAUUAGCUGUACUGUCAGGAUUUGGACUGCUGUUACACUGUGGGAUUAAAUUUGCUAUCAAUACUGCCAAUGCACCUUUUCUGAUUCUAGGUAUUGGUAUAGAUGAUAUGUUUGUCAUGCUCGCCAGUUGGCAAAUGACCAAGGUCACAGAUGAAGUUGAAGAUCGCCUUGCUGAUACAUACGCUGAAGCAGCCAUCUCUAUUACAAUCACCACUCUAACUGAUGUUUUGGCCUUUUAUAUCGGCAUUAUGACACCUUUUCGAUCUGUCCAAUCAUUCUGUGUUUACACAGGCACAACAGUUCUGUUUUGCUUCAUUUAUAACAUUACUUUUUUUGGAGCUGUUCUUGCAUUGAACGGGAGAAGAGAAGCCAGCAACAGGCAUUGGUUGACAUUCAGAAAAGUCAAAAGUGAUCAGGAACCAGAAGACUCUAAAUGCUAUUCAAUGUGUUGUGUGGGUGGAGCUUAUAAUAGUGAGACUGGUGCAGAACUAGAACAUCCAAUUUAUUUCAUCUUUAAGAAAUAUUAUGGUCCAUGGCUCACAAACAUUUGGACCAAGGCACUUGUGGUUGUCCUAUAUAUUGGUUAUUUGGCUGUCAGUAUUUAUGGUUGUAUAAAUAUCAAAGAGGGAAUUGAUCUCAGAAAUCUGGCCUUUGAUGGUUCCUAUGUGAUUAAAUUCUAUGACGAUCAAAGUGAUUUUUUCUCAACAUAUGGACCACGCGUUAUGGUUGCUGUCACUGAACCCGUGGAAUAUUGGAAUUCCACUGUUCAGGAUGAAAUUGAAACCUGCAUGGGCAGAUUGGAAAACAACUCCUAUGUAGAUCCUGAAUUGUCAGAAUCCUGGCUUCGUGUGUACAUUGCCAUAUCUAAACAGAUGUUAGUAGACAUUCAGGAAAAAAAUGCAUUCUUGGGAAAUUUAUCUACAUUGUUUCACAUUGUUCCUGUAUUUGAACUUGACACUAGGUUUUCAGAAAGUAAGCAAAGAAUUGAUGCUUCUCGCUUUUUCAUUCAGACCACUAAUGUCAAUACUCCAGUCGCUGAGAAAAACAUGCUGAUUGAAUUAAGGAAGCUGGCACAGGAAUGUCAAAUCCCUUUGCUGGUGUAUCAUCCUGCAUUUAUCUAUUUUGAUCAAUAUCUUGUUAUUGUAUCCAACACGAUACAGAAUGUAGUUGUUGCUGCUGCUGUAAUGCUGAUCAUUGCGCUAUUGUUAAUACCUAAUCCAAUCUGCUCUAUAUGGGUAACAUUUUCUACUGCAUCAGUUUUAGUGGCUGUGGCUGGUUUUAUGACUUUCUGGGGUGUCAAUUUAGAUUCGAUAUCAAUGAUUAAUCUGGUCAUUUGUAUUGGUUUUUCUGUGGACUUUUCAGCUCACAUUUCAUAUGCUUUUGUGUCUAGUGACAGAGAAACUGCAAAUGAACGAAGUAUUGAUGCAUUAUACAGCCUUGGAUAUCCCAUCAUCCAAGGGGCCCUUUCGACCAUACUGGGUGUAGUUGUGCUGGCUGCUGCAGCAAGUUACAUAUUUAGGACGUUUUUUAAAAUCAUGUUUCUUGUCAUAACGUUUGGGGCUGUUCAUGGCCUUGUACUUCUGCCUGUGUUCCUGACAUUUAGUGCAAGCCGCAGAAAAUCAAACAGUGCAAAAUCAGAUAAGGCAAUGAAUCUGUCAAAAAUCCAUGUCCACUCUGAUGAGGCAUUGGAACAAAAGAUGAGAAGUGAUUCAAAUGCAGUUUUAUAAAGGGACCCAGCAGGUCAGAGUUAGGUAUCACUGAUUGAAAUAUUUUAGGAGGUCAAGGUCUUGAUUAUCCCAGUUUCUCCAAACUGAACAUUCCCAACAUCCAUAUCCAUAUCUAAACCUGGAAACAAAAGAGCUAUGCAACUAAUUAACUUGUUUACAUCUGUUUUACUUUUAUAGUGUCCCAGUUUUUUUUUAAGUGCAAUUGUACCAAAAAAUAAAACACCUUACCUCACAAA